CGUUCCGAGAUCUCGUUGAUGCCAUGCAUAAGGUCGUUGACGGACUUGGGUCUGGACAGAUCAUCAGCGUUUUCCCUUUCUUACGGUUUGUUCCUGGAAUAAACAGCGGCUUCAAGGAAGUGCUGAAACAGAGCACCAAGAUUCAGGAAGUAGUGUGGGACGAGAUCACGCGCCAUCGCGAGAACCUGGAUCGCGAGAACCUGGAUCGCGAGAACCCGCGAGACUUCCUGGACUUCUGCCUGCUGGAGGUUGAGAAGCAGGAAAAGGUGGAGGGUCUGACGGAGGAGAACGCUGUGUACGUCGCCAUGGAGCUCUUCAUGGCGGGAAUAGGCAAAACCACCAACACCCUGCUGUGGAGUCUGAUGUAUAUGACUUUGAACCCCGACAUCCAAAAUAAGGUACUGUUCAGCAUCAAAUGUUACUUUUGUUACACUAUGUAAUAAAAAUAAAUAAAUUUUACGGCUCUCAGUGGCCAAUAUGAGAUGUUGUCACA